CAAACCAGCCAAAAAUAUUGGCAUAAAUCCAACACACAACUCAGCCCCUUUCGCCAUGCCAAACGACCUGACAUCCAGCACACCCACAUCAGGAGGCUCCACACCGCACCCAGCAACACCCGGCCAGCCGGGCAAAAAGCGUGCCCGUACACUCCUGACACCGGCCGCACUUUUGCGUCAAAAGCGGAAGCGCGGCGGCACCACGCUCUCGGGCCGCAAGCCCACCAUAGCACGCUCCGGCACAGCAACGCCAAUAAAGCCCAAGCCCACAGCGCCCGACACAGCAGCGAUAACGGAGAAGCUGAAAAAGCGCACUGGCAUUCCAGACGACGAGGACACGGAGGCAGAUGACGACGAGGAGGAGAUGCUAGGGGACGACGAGGUCACAUUGGUCAAGCAGAGCAAGGAGGAGGUCAAGGAGCUGUGGGACCAGCUGUCGGCGGAGCAGCAGCAGCGGUAUGGCGUGUACAGACGGACGGCGCUCAGCAAGGGCGCGGUUCGGCGGCUGGCCAGCAGCGUGCUGGGGCAGCAGAUCUCGCCAACUCUGUCGUUUGUCAUUGCCGGGUUCUCCAAGGUGUUCGUCGGCGAGAUCGUCGAGCGCGCAGUGGCGGUUCAGCAGGAGCGCGGCGACUCUGGGCCACUGACGCCGGCGCAUCUGCGCGAGGCGUACCGGCAGCACAAGAAGGAGACAGGCAUGGCGGCCAAUAGCUCGGGAUUCACUAAGCGACUGUUUUAAUGUGUAACUAAAGAAAGAAAUGGACCUAGUUGGCGGCCGGGGUCGAUGUGUUGCGGAAGAACAGCACGGAGCCCGAGUCCUCGACGAACUGGCAGUGGCGCAGGUUGUGGUACAGCGCAUAGAGGAAGUUGGUGCGGUCGUAGUAAUAGUACUUUCCCAGCUUCUUCUUGAGGUGGCGGGUGGCCUCCUCAGCGUGGUAGUGCGGCAUCUGCGAGAACACGUGGUGGGCAACAUGGGUGUCCUGGAUGUGGUGCAGCAUGGUGUUGAGCACCCAUCCGUAGUCGCGGUCGACAGUGCACAGCGCGCCGCGCACAAAGUUCCACGAGUCGUCGGCGUAGUGCGGCACCACAGGGUCGGUGUGCUG